UAAUAUUGUAGCACCAAGUUAAAUGUUUAUUUAUACAAUUUCUUCAGUGAUAGCACAUUUCGUUAAAUUCUGUAUGUUAUUCCCCGAUCCCCAACCAUUUAAAAUAAAACGGUAAAUAUUUAAGUGCACCAAAAGUCAGUCCUUCUUACUGUAGAUGGCAACACCGAUUAAAAGCCGAAAGAAUGUUUGUUAGAAAAACCAAUGCGAUGACUGCUUCUCGAAGAUUCACGUUUAUUUUAAAUAACAGUGUACAAACUUAAAUAAUUUCGAAGUUACCUGAUAAACACAUAAUAAUGAAAAGUAUAUUGUACAAUUGAAACGUGAAAUAAUGAUAAAAAAUGAAAAUAGCACUUUAUGAAAGAAGUUUUAUUUGAAAUGACUUUCAGUCAUCACACUAUCAAGAAGAACAAUCUUUUUUAUAAAUUUUUGAAAGUUUUACAAAUUACAUUUUGAUAAGAUUAUAUUUAUAAGAUUUCAUAAGAACUUUCCUGUAAGAAAAUGUUGGAAAAGCACAGCAACUACCAUUUUUAUACAAAUGCUUGUCAUGUUUGUAAACAGUUUGGUGAAGGAAUUUCAUUAAAAAGAUGUGGCAAUUGUACAAUGAUUGCUUAUUGUUCUAAGGGACAUCAAAGAAAACAUUGGCCACAACACAGAGAUUUAUGUAGUAUUAUAUGCAAUAUUUUGAAUGAUAAUAAAUUAUCAAACUUUUUGAAUUAUGGAGAUAUUAAUAUCAAAAAAUGGACUGAUAUGAAGAUGAACUUCAUGUUAUUGGUAGCAAUGAAAAUUCCUAGAAGAUUAAAACAUUAUGAGGAACAAAUGUUUAAAUUUCUUAGAUCAUGUACAGUGUGUCACAACCGAAAUCCAAAAGAGCUUGUGGAUUGUUUAAAUUGUCCUGCAGCUAGUUUCUGUGUAAAACAUAAAAAUCAUGCAGCACAUAUAAAAGUAUGCUAUAUGUUUAAAUUAUGUUUUAAAUUAGAUUUGGCUUUAAUAAUGCAUGAGAAGAAAAUACCUGAAUUAAAACUACCUUGUCGCAUGAAUUAUAUGGAUCUACCAGGAUGUAUUGAAGAUUUUAUAAAACAGUAUGUUAAAGAAGAAAUGUCUUUGCAAUUAUCAAUAGAGGAACAAACAAUAAUUAAUGCAGAAUAUCUUACACGACCUCUAACAUGUCUAUAUGCAAUGAAAAAGUUAAAAGAGUUUUUGUGGGAAGAUAAGAUAAUUAUUCACAUAAUUGCAGCAAAUAUGUUAGAAGUUAGUGGUAUAAAUUUGUGGGAAAUUUUGUUACAUUGGUUACCAAAAUCAACAGUAGUACAAAUCAUAUUAAUAGGGCCUGAAGUAUUUCCAGACCCUAUAUCAAUAAAUCUUUGUAAUCAUUGUCAAUCUAAUAACAAGAAGCUUUUAAUUGAAACGCAUAAUGUAUUUUAUACAAAUUAUUUUAAUAAUAUUUCAAAUAUGAAACCAAAUUUUAUUAUUGGAUAUAAUGCAGGAAUUAGUGAAUGUGAAGACUUAAAAUUUGGUAAUGAUACAUGGGCACAAUCUUUACAAAUAAUUGCUGACCAACAUUGUCCACUCAUUUUGACAUCUUAUACAAUAUCAGAAGCAAUGGAAGAACAAGCAAGAUUAAAAGUAGUGUUGAACAAUAAUAUAAAGUGUUCAUUCUUAGGUCACAAUCCAUAUUCUGGUUUAAGACCAUACAGAGAUUUUGAAUCUGAAGGUGUAUAUUAUCAAAACCAGUAUAUAAUUAUUUACAAAACUUUAAGCAAUCAUAAUUAUACAUGCUAAUAAUUUUAUAGUAUUAUACAUAUAGAUUAAGGAAAGCACUAUCAAAAACAUUACUUUUAUAGAUUACAUUUACAUAA